AUGUCGGACUCUACUGUUGGCCAGACGAAGCAGUUUGGAAAGGGCCAGAGGCUCGUGCCGGCCCAGAAGGCCCAGAAAUGGUACCCCGUGGACGAUGAGUCGCAGCCCAAGAAAGUCCGCAAGACUCUCCGUCCCGCCAAGCUGCGCGAGAGCCUCAAGCCCGGUACCAUCCUGAUCCUCCUCGCUGGCCGCUUCCGUGGCAAGCGUGUCGUUCUCCUCAAGCACCUCGACCAGGGUGUCCUCCUCGUUACCGGCCCCUUCAAGAUCAACGGUGUUCCCCUCCGCCGUGUCAACUCCCGCUACGUUAUCGCCACCAGCACCAGUGUCGAUAUCUCCGCUGUUGACUCCCAGACCCUUGAGAAGGUCUCCGCCAAGGACUACUUCACCAAGGACAAGGCCAGCCAGAAGAAGUCCGAGGAGGCUUUCUUCCAGCAGGGCGAGAAGCCCCAGAAGAAGGUUGUUGCUAGCGCCCGCGCCAGCGACCAGAAGGCCGUCGACCAGUCCAUCCUGGCCAGCGUGAAGAAGGAGAACUACCUUGGCAGCUACCUCGCCAGCUCUUUCAGCCUCCGGAACGGCGACAAGCCCCACGAGAUGAAGUGGUAA